AUGAGCGUUGACGAUAUGUUCUCCCAUGCCUUUUGGGGUGAAAAGAACUUGGGUUUCGAGUGUCUAUCUCAAAAUAUGAAAACAAGUUUUAAAAGCACUAGUGAAUUUUGUGAUUUUCUCCGUGAUGUCAAUACUGUUGAGGAAAAUUAUGCAAAAGCCCUAUGUAAACUUGCAAAACAAGCUGCUUCUUAUACUUCUGCCGGAAAUCUAAAACUGUGGUGGUCAUCACUUUCUUUGUUCCUCGAGAAAUCCAUCUCUUUAAGAACUAAUUUGGAGUCAGAACGUCUGAACAUCUGGCGAGAUGUCCAAAAGUACUUAGAUGAGCUACAGAAGAAACAAAGAAAUUUUAAGGAAAGUGAGAGCAAUACGCAGGAAGUAGUGCAUUCAUUCCAGGUUGCUACAUCCCACCUUCAAAAAGCUAAGGAGCUGUACCACACGCGCUACAAGGAGUAUGAGCGGAUCCGCCUAAACGAAACUCACUCCACUCGUGAUGUAGAGAAGGCAGAAACGAAACUUAAGAAGGCUCAAGAUGAGUACAAAUAUUAUGUGGAGAAAUAUAAUAACUUGCGGCUGCAAUUCGUCGAUAAAAUGCGCUCAUCCUGCAACCACUUUGAGGAAAUGGAGGUUGCGCAUUUGACUCAAAUGUGUGAGUUUUUUGGUCGGUUUUCCGAGGCCCUCGUUCAGUCCCGUAGCACUGACCUCUCCCUCGCCACCGAUUUCAAUCAGCGACGCUCUCUAGAACUUACACCCAAUCGCCUUCUACUUAACAUGAUUGAGGAACGUGGAACCGGAUGUCAGGAACCCCUUCCUGCUGAAUUUGAAGAUGUGGAGGUCGCCGCAGCCUUUCCAAGCACCACCGAUGAAUCUCGUGUCGGUGGCAGCAAUGAUGCAGGCCCGACUUCGAAAUCAUCCACGCCCUGUCCCUCCCACCUUCUUCCCGGAUCGAAUAGCCUCCGUGCUGCUUCCGCCCUUCCUGCUUUCGGUAGCCAGGAGAGUCCUAUGGUUAGCCACCAAAGCCCCUUGGAGCCUUCCUGGCAAAGCUCCUUAAGUGAGAUCAAUGGAACACAUAGUAAUGGAUCAGGUCGACGAGCCGGGAUCCUUUUUCAGCGCCGAAAUCGCCAAAACUCGGCUGGUCUGGAGAUAGACACUGCGAGUGUGAAUUCAAGCGGAAGUACAACGGGAUCGUUUGCACAGAGACUUGCGAAUGUUCGAAAUCUUGCUCGCCUUCCGAGAAGAACUUCCAACAGUCCCAGUGAGAUGGCUGUCAAAAUAACACAACCUCCCGCGUCCACGUGCCUCAAGGUGGACGAUGAGGGCUACAACAUUCGUCCAGCUAAUCCCUGGGCCAGGGAACAUUCAGAAUCUCCGUCCUCCAGUUCUAGUUCCCGCAGUAGCAGCAGCAGCAGUCCCAGUGAGAAGACUUUCAAGGGAUUAAAGGUAAGUCGGUCUUACCCUCUGCCUUUGCAAAGUUUCUCGGUGAGGGCGAUUGCAAUGGGUAGUGGUGGGAUGGGAGGUGGAAGUGCACGGGGUUCGGUGGGGAAUCGCGGAAUCUGUAGGGGUGGUGGAGGCGGUGUGGAGGUAUCGUCGUCCUCCACUGCUGCCAGUGGCGCAUGGCAGACCUGGGUAAAGGCGAAGGAGGUGAACAUUCGCCCUCUUGGUGACCUCUCUCCAGGCGUUGCUGAACGCACACUGUCAGCGUCAACACCUCAAGCCUCGUUACGCAGUCCUGUCACUCUCAACGCACGAGACUUUCGCCGUCCGCAUACAUCCGCUGACAAGCCUUUUGUAGACAUCUCCCCUGCCACGUCAACUGCCAUAGGCAUUGUUCGUAGUGGUGGUGUUAUGGGAGGUCGUUCAGUUUCUGUAUCAACGGCUCCUUUGGUGCCAAUACUACCGCCACCUCCAGGACAGGAUACGACUUUCAGUCGACGAGGAUGCCGAACACAACUAAGAAGGAAUGAGUCUUCCAAAACGCUGGAUCUCACGUCCCAGGACAACGCCGAAUCCUUCAACCCAUUUGGAUUAUUAAAACGCGAUGAGAGUACGCCUACACCAAAGACAAUAGGCAGUUGGGAGGCUAUUUUCAAGACUUCGGACGACACCACCGAGACUUACGACCGUCUGAUUGAUCUUCGAGAUGACAGUAUUGAGGCUAAGACUACCUCAACUCCAUCUCAAGCGGAUUCUACAGCACCUAAGGUUGAGUCGAUGUUGAAAUUGUCUACCUCCUUCGCCUUUACCCAGGUCUGCCAUGCGCCACUGGCAGCAGUGGAGGACGACGAUACCUCCACACCGCCUCCACCACCCCUACAGAUUCCGCGAUUCCCCACCGAACCCCGUGCACUUCCACCUCCCAUCCCACCACUACCCAUUGCAAUCGCCCUCACCGAGACUUGGAGAGCUCAAUUUCCCAACGGUGGAGGCAGUUCCUUCACCACCACUGAACGCCCAGCUCAAUCCCUCUUUGGACAGGUGACUCUAGCUGUGGCGAGGGAGGACCUGCGUCUCCUAACCCACCCGCAGAUUUCAAGCCUCAAACCUCUCGUUCUCAUCUUUUCUCGUGCUCAAAGGAUGAACAGCGUUCGUGCGCCAUUUAGCGGCGUCAGCAUACAAUUGGAGAGUGGAGAGGGAAUGGGACAAUAUCGAGUGAAGAUUCCGGGGGAUCUGCUCUACCACUACCUUGUCGAGAGUCAGAGCAAAGUUGGGGACGAAAAUGAGGAGGAGUAUAUGCGCCUGUGCUUGUUGGAGUAUUCAGUCGAGGCUACGGGUCUACCACCGCCAAUUACAAUGUGCACUUUUUGGCGUUGUGAGAAGAGCACCACCGACUUCCGACUGGACUACUUUGUUCAGUGGCCCAAGUGGUCUUCCUCGUCGUCUCUGUCUUUGUCCGACAACUAUGAAGCAAAUGCCUCGGAAAUCAGUUGUCAGGACUUGCGCGUGAAUCUGUUAGUCGAUGGUGGCGUGGUUAGAAUGCAGAGUCGUCCGUUGGGCACGUGGAACAUCGAACAGACUCGUGCAUCUUGGAAUAUUCCUCUGACCGCUGGUGAUGCUCAUCACCAACAGCAUCCUGGUGUCGACGUCUCGGGUAACAUUCGUGCCAAAUUCUUCCUAACUCACGGUCCUGGAACUCCCCAACCCGUUGCUCUGCAGUUCUGUCGUGAUGGUGGAUGUCUUCCCAGUGGAGCAAUUCUUUCUCUCGGCGCCGAAUCCUUGCCAGGAGGAGGUGGCGGUGGCGGUGGUGGAUAUCGUUUGACUAUGUGCAAAUACCGUCUCCUCGGGGAUCGAUACUUCUGCGAUCCUCCAGUGCCGGUGAGAAUGAUGACGCAGUGUCUUCCUCUCCCCUCUCCGUCAAGUUCGAAAGCACAGUCUUUCGGUUAA